ACCGGACCUAUCACCACGCGUUCAGUUUAGAUGAUCAGUGGGCAACUGCGGUUAAAGCUCGUAGAGGCGGUCUACGCUCAAUCUCUCAGUAGUACACGCGUUACUGCUGGGCGCACGGACAAGAUACUGUAUAGUCUUCUGGAGUGUUUUAUUUUGUGUGUGUCACGUUUGAACGGAAACUUCGUCUCGACAGUGAGUACCCUCUAAACAUAAGGUACAGAUAGGGGUGUCUACAGUGGUGUCACUGACUGACAUUAUCACGAAAGGUGGUCCACUUGCGUGAUAUCUACGAUCUUUACAAAUAAUCUUCCUUAUGAGAGGACAUUGACACCAGACCGGAUAUUCAUUCUUAGUUACCAAUCCCUCUUUCCCGCUUGUAUUGACUAAUGCAACAGCGCAGACGUCCUUGUCGAUGAGAACAACACAAGGGUAUUCAAAGAGUUGAAUCUUCGUCCAUUGACUACACACAGUCGGCAACAUUUCCUCGUGCGAGCUGCCACUGUUCGCUCACAGUGACAACAGCCAGGCAUCCAGGGAGGUCACACGCUUCGUAUUUUAGAGAAGCUAAAAAUAAACACUUCGGAAUUUAAAUAGGAGGAAUCCCCCGAUCUGCCAACAACACAAGGCUCAUCUCUCGCUAAUCUCUCACUGGUGCGGGUGUCCGUGGAUCAGUGCGGGAGUGUGGAUGUAAAUCUAAGGCCAUGGUGUAGUGUGUGUGAGAUUCACUGAGCGGGAAUGUAGUAAGCAGGUGCCCCAGGCUCCGGUUAUAUAGAUUCAGGUCAGUCUGACUCCGUGUGAUGCGAAGCGCUGCUGAUGCUGGUGGAGUAGUACCAACAUGGCUGAAUACAAGGUUACAAGCUUUUAAACUUCCAAAGUGCUUCCGGUCUUCAGGUUCCUUCCGGUGGUUGUGACAGAAACGAUGGUGCCUUUUUGUUCAUUUCAGAUCUUCCGCGAGGAGAAAAAUGUGUUGAUAUGUCUGGGGACGGUGAUAACAGUGUUUUACAUCAUCAUGGAUAUAGUAUUAUAUGCUGUCCUACAAGACACGGUGCUGUCAGUCCCCCAGACCCUCCCAAGCCACGCUUACUCCCCCUUCUACCCCCUCACUGUGAAGUUGAUCAUGACUGAUCCAACAAGUCACUAUGUCAUUAAACCUACUUCAGAAAUAUUUGAUCAAGUCACUGGAUUUAGUACUGUCUUUUUCUUUAUUACAGCAAAUAUGAUUAGUUUUUCCCAUGUGGUCAUUGCCCUCAUUGCAGGCAAGUUCGUAGCGUCAGAGUGUAUAAGGGACCGUAGGUUCGGGCUGUUGUUGUUUGAGUUCAGAACAUGGUUAGAUGGUCUUGACGGCGUUGUCUUCCGAAGCCGUGCCAAAGAAAGCACCUAUCAUUCCCACAGAAACAGUUCGGGCUACUACAUUGAUGUGGUAUGUGACACUGUCGGCGGAUUUGCGUUAUCCUUCGGUGUGCUUUUCUACCUGUUCAAAUACUUUGACAAGAAGGUUGUGGAUGUACCGCUGUGGACGAAGAAUGGCACCAAUGGUUCCACUAAUGGACAUACAAGCGUACCCAGUAAAAAGCUGAUAUUUUAUAAAGUUCUUUGUUACGGUGUAAUGAUUGGCCUGGCCAGCAAGUGUUGGGAUAUGCAGGUGGACCAGAUGGAGGGACUGUUCGAGAAGCCCAUCCAUGACACAGCUCUGACGGAACUCCAGACAGCAACGUUACAUUCUUGGUUCACGUGGUGCAUCAUCUUGUUUUGGCGCCUCCUCCAAGGGCAGCAACUCCUUCAGUACCUCGUGGUGGCUGUCUGUAUAGAUAAAGUUUGGGAAUUCCUCAAUUUUGUGCAGUAUCUUGGGUAUAUAGUCGUCAUCUCCUUAGCCCUGGCGUCCUACGGGUAUAUACAAUACGUGAAAUACCUACUGCAUCUCUGACACAGGAACUGAUCACAUGACGUGAACCGGAACUGAUUGUGGCACUGUUUUCCCCCUAUUGUCUGUGCUGGAGGAUUCUUGAGAACUACAUUGUGAUAAGAGAAAGAAGACUGCAUCAUGACAUAGGAAUGUUUGGGGGCUCAGGUCGUGUUCUAUGUGGCACACUACAGGUGUGUUCAAAGCCCUCCAUGGACACAUGCAGUGGGGUAUUGUGUUGGGGGUGCCAACAUAUACCCUCAUGUUGUGUCUGCUUUGUUAUUAUCCUCAUCAAGAAUUGAAGAGGUAUUUUGCAAAACAAAGAAAAUUUAUUUCUGAUGCAAUAAAAUAUUUUCGCAUUAAACAGUUUCACUACUAGGGAGUACAUCUUGAACAGGGGAUAUUCAGUGCUACCUACAACUUUGUUAUCGCUUUGGGAGUGCUGACAUUGAGUAUGUGGAUAUAAUAUUUGAAAUAUUCAUGUAUAUGCAUACAUUGACAGACUUGGCCAUGUAACACUAGUGUGUUUUUUGUUUCCUAAUUUAUUUCCUUGUCGGAUCAACUUGUCUGAAAAUGGAUGUCAGGGAAUGUCCAUGGUGUUCAAGUUCUACUGAGUGUCAUAAUGUGGUGAUGUGAUCAGGUAUUUCAUUUUUAAAUGACAACACCAAUCAUUAAGCAUAAUGGUGACUUGUUUACAGGUACCAAUGAGACAGGACGUCUGUCAUUUAUAAUGUAUAAUGUAUAAUGUAUAAUAACAGCACUGUCUUCGCCGACUGCAGCUUUUCGAAAUAUCCUAAUAUGACCUCUGCUUAUCUCCAAGGCUUGAGUUUAGUCAUUAAAAGAUAUGGCUGGUGUUUUAGAUCGGAAACUGUUUGAAGUAGGAAGCUUGGGACUUCAAUGCUUGCUUUUGGUUUGUGUUGCUGUUUUUUCUCGAGUUCAGAAUGUUUUUUGCAAAAAUCUUAUCUUGCCAUUGCUUAUCGCAUAUUUAGUUGAAUGAAAGGUCAUCGGCUUUGAAAAGCAUACCAAUAUUCAAGUAAUCAGCAUAUAUUAGAAUAACUUUUGUGAUAUUUUCAUUUUUCAUGCAGUAGUUUUAUUUGUUUGGCAUACAUUCUCAAGAAAAUAUUAAGAUUUCCAGAUGUCCAUAUUUUAUAAUGCACAUCUGUUUGAUGACAUGGUGAAAGGGUUUCCUAGUAACCUCUAGAUGUCAUUGAACUUGGUAUGCAUCGACACACGCGAAGCAAUAUACCGAAUUUCUUAUACCCGGUAAUUAUCAUCAGAUUUGGUAUGACAUAUAAAUGACACUCAAAGCUACAAGAGAAGCUAUGCAUAGGCAUAGUCUACAGUCUGGGAGAAUCCACUAUGACUGGUGCCAUUUGACCUUGACCUCUUGACACUGUGAUCCAUUUAUAUCAGUGUUGACAUCAAGCAUGAAGUAGGCGUGGGUCAACACGUAAUGGCACAGACCUGUAUAAUGCUGUAGUGUCAGAGCGAAGUUUGGUGAUGAUGUGACGUCGUGUGUUAACACUACAGUUACGCCCCUUGUAUGUCACAUAACCAACACCAAAAUUAUGGGAAGCAACUUCGGCUUCUUGAUCAUUGUCAUUCCAUUUGUUUCAUUUCAUUGUUUUUGAUUACUUGUGAAUGGUGCCGAUUUGAUGGGACAACCCGUGCAGUGAUUAUUUGACUUGUUUACACUAUCUGUCCACUCAUUCCGAUGACAUGUAUAUAUGUAAGUGUGUGAUAAUCAGCUUAAUAUGGGUGUUGUCCAGGGGGGCCAUCAAUCUGUCGUGAUGCUUGCACUCUGCAGUAGCGUAGUGCUAUACCUGUGUAUUGGGCUGUAAUAUAGCGUUGCACUUCUUUCACCACAUAGUAACCAAUCACAAGAACGCAAUCAGUCUUUUAUUAGCAGUGAUUUUUGUAGCGUUAUCCAACCUGAAAUUCUCAGUGACACUAUGUACCUGCAUGAUAAUGGAUGAUGAUGUCAGUAAUGAUGACUGUAUAUUUUUUAUUUCCUUACGACAUCUUUCUCUCACACUAUAUCAGGGAAUGAUAAUGUAUCACGUAUGACACAGGUUACCGAGCGAUGUCUCUUUCGGUCUCUGAGGCCAAUAUCCAUCACAACUCUGUCUCGUAGCCUGACAUUUUGUCCUGAAUGGCAUGGGGCUUCUCGGUGACUCUAUGUGCCAUGUCAUCUGACAUACCUCAUAUGUGUUAAUUUGUCAAACAUUUCUUAUUUUGGCUUUUUGUCGGCAGCUGUUUAUGGAAUGAUGUACAAUGUAAUCCUGUUCCUCUGGACACAGGGAGGGAGCCUUGUGAACUUCUGCUGUCUUGAUGAUCAUUCCGACAGGUGCCCAUUGUAGCAAGAAUUAUUUUUUUAAAUUUGAUAUUGCCCGCAGACUACGAAAAGGCUGUCUUGUUGACACAGCCCUUGGGAACAGUCAAUGGCAUUUUGAUUUUCAUGAAGUAAUAUUUUGGGUCUGACAAUCCCAGGAUUACGUUGUGGGUUUUUUCAGUGUUAGUGUUAAUAGUUGAAUGCAAUAAAUGCUUGUUCUUCCGCCACCACAUUCACCAAUACCCACCCACACCCACACCCACACCCACACCCACACCCACA